GAGGAGAGUGAAGACAUGUGAAGAUUGAAGAAACAUUCAGAGUCAAACAUGAGGAACAAACAGACCUGAUGGCACUGAAAGAGGAGAGUCAAGAACAGAAUGAAACGAAAGAUAUAUAUCAAAAUGAGGAACAUCAUGAUUUCAAAACUGAAGAAGAAUCGAUUAGCUGCUCAGAGACUGAGAAGACUUUCUCACCAAAAAAAGCUCAAAAAACACAAACUACAAACCUUAAUUCCAACAUGAGAAUUCAUACUGGAGAGAGACCUUUCACCUGCCAACAGUGUGGAGAAAUUUUCAAUCAUAAAGAGAGCCUUAAAUUCCACAUGAAAAUUCACACUGAAAAGAAACCGUUCAUAUGCUCUGAGUGUGGAAAGAUUUUUUCACAGAAAUGUCACCUUAAUGCCCACAUGAUCAUUCACACUGGAGAGAGACCUUACACCUGUAAACUGUGUGGGAAGAGUUUUACACGAAAUCGAGAUCUUAGGACUCACAUGAGAGUGCACACUGGAGAGAAACCUUACAUAUGUAAUCAGUGUGGAAAGAGUUUUACACAAAAUAGUCACCUUAAUGUCCACAUGAGAAUUCACACCGGAGAGAAGCCUUACACCUGCGAACAGUGUGGAAAGAGUUUCACACGAAAAGCAGCACUUAAGACUCACAUGAUAAUUCACACUGGAGAGAAACCUUACAUAUGUAAUCAGUGUGGAAAGAGUUGUACACAGAAUAGUCCCCUUACUAUCCACAUGACAGUUCUCACUGGAGAGAAGCCUUUCACCUGCAAACUGUGUGGGAAGAGAUAUAAAGAAAGUCUUAAUUAUCACAUGAGGAUUUAUUCAUGAGGAAACAGUUUUUAAUGUCAUCAUUGUGGAAAAUGCUAAAUUAAGAUUCACAUUAGAGUUCACUGGAGAGAAGCCAGUGUUUUCAGUCUGAGAAGAGUUUCAGAAGUCAAAACCGCAUGAAACGUCAUUUGAAAACUUAUUCUGUGAAGAAAUGUCCAUAUUCCUCAGAGUGACAAGGCUUAGAAAAGGGGGCUUUUUCUACAAUCAUCAAUUUGUUCUGAAAGACAUUCAAUUGUGGUCAGAAUAAUAACAUUUUCUCCCAUCGCACUUACAGAUACAUGUAAAAAAGUCAUGCAAAUGUAAGACUGUUUGUGUUAUUUGUUAAAGAGUAUGAUAAGAAAAAUGCUGUUUGAAAUCAAGGCUACAAAGCUGAAUGUGGGCUAAUUUAAUGAAAGUCAACUCAAUGAGUACCUUUUUUAAAAAACUUCUUUUAUUUGCAUAUUUCACCUCUUUAAUGCUUCACCGUAAGUUUUUUAUUUUGUGCAUUUGUACUUCAGUGACCAUACCAGAGCAUAUUCUUUGCUGUAGUUUCAAAUAUUGUGUGGUUGCAGUAGAUUCCCUGUAAUUUCAAUUAUAGGGUGUCACUCAAUUUCAUUUAUUUAUUCCUCUGAAUCAAAAUAUUAGUCAAAAUUCGACCUUUCUGGAAAAUGCAACAACAUAAUUGAAAGAUAACUAAAUCAACAUAAACAUAA